AUGUCGACCGAUUCAGCCCAGACCGUGAUCACUGUGGUGUUUUCUGUGCUGAUAAUAACAGAUAUCGUGGGGAACACUCGGGUUUGUGUCGUUAUAAUUAAAAACCAAGGCAUGAGGACACCAAUAAACUUUUUGCUGGUCAAUUUGGCUUUUGCUGAUAUCAUGGUAGCGCUGUUUAUAGCGCCACAGUUCGUUCUGAUCCACACUUUCCAGCAUCCUGACGGAGUUAUAGGAACAUUCCAGUGUAAAUUCUUGACCAGGAGAAACUUGAUGUGGACAGGAGCAGCUGCAUCUGUGUUUAGUCUGGUCGCUAUCGCAUUUGAGCGUUACUUCGCCCUAAUGCACCCUUGCGAUAACACAGGGAAACCGACACAAGGAAAACUUAAGGUGAAUAUGCUGUUUUAUUUUUGA